AUGGUAUCAAUCAAGUACGGCUGCCGGACCAAACCGCGCCCACAAAAGUCCUACAUUGCUGCAAUCCAUGAGCUAGAAAUAAGUGAAGAACCCACAGGCACCGCCACGGCUCGUUUUUACGGUCUACCGAAGGUACACAAGGCAAAUGUCCCACUCAGGCCAAUCGUAUCUCUUCGUGGCACUCCGACGUACGGUUUGGCAAAAUGGAUGUUCGGUCGUCUUAAGUUUUUGGCCGAAGGCUCACCAACAACAGCUGCAUCUGCGUAUCAAUUCCUCGAACUUAUAAAGCAUCUGAGGUUAGAGCCAGACGAAUCCAUGGUAUCCUUUGAUGUCGUUUCGUUCUUCACCUCCAUCCCACAGCCACUAGCGAUAGAUGUUGUGGACCAACUACUGGCAGAGCGUUAUGAGGAGAGAGACAGGCCUCUGAAGUCUGAGCAUCUGCUCGAGCUUCUGCGAUACUGUCUCAAGACCUAUUUCACUUUCGACGGACAAAUGUACGAACAAAUAAAGGGCACUCCUAUGGGCUCCCCUAUAUCAGGCCUAAUUGCUGAAGUAGUACUUCAACGGGUAGAACACUUGGUGUUCACCAACUAUCAACCAAAGUUCUGGGCCCGCUAUGUCGAUGACACCUUCGUCGUUGUCAAAACAACUGACAUUGAACACCUAAAGGGACUACUGAACUCGGUUGACCCUGAUAUACAAUUUACGAUGGAAGCGGAAACAAACAACCAACUGCCCUUCCUUGACGUACUUGUGCGCCGGCGUACCACUGGACAGCUGCAAACUACAGUAUUCCGAAAAUCCACCGACACCAGACAGAUCCUACACUUCAACAGCAACCAUCCACUGUCUCACAAACGUAGUUGUGUCCGCACUCUAUUCCAAAGAGUCGAAACACACUGCAGCACACCAGAAGAUAAAAGAGCCGAACGAUUGUACCUUGUGGACCUAUUUGCUGCCAAUGGUUAUCCCAGGCAUUUCAUCGAGAGAAACAGACGUUGGGCGCCCAGACAACGGCCAAAUGAGCAGCAACCCGAAGUCUGGAGGGCCAUUCCUUACGUUAAAGGGGUCUCUGAAGCGGUCUCGCGAUUGUUCCAACCCACCAGAGUAGGCAUAGCCCAUCGACCACAAGCAACAAUUCGACGUCGCCUGAUGCAACCUAAAGACCCAUUGCCACCCGCUGAAGCCUCAGCAGUCAUCUACAAAAUAAAUUGCAAUGAGGGCGACUGCAACUAUGUGGGCGAAACUGGGCGGAAAUUGCAAACUCGCCUACAAGAACAUAAAUCGGCCACUCGGAGGUUAGACCCUAACUCUCAAGUAGCAACACACGUUGGAGAAACGGGGCAUACUUUUGACCUCCAGAGGGCUACCAUCUUAGGCCGAGACAACACAAAAACAGAACGGCUAACUCUCGAAGCGUGGUUCUCCUAUGCCCACUCUAUCAACAGGCAUCUGGACCUUCCUGCAGCUUACAAAGUCUUACGUCAUCACAAUCGUAUAGCUCAGGACCAAACAACCACACCUGACUUAAGAAGGCAGCACGGAGAUAGCCCGACGCUGAGCUUACUCGGUGAGGAAGAACAAGAACCGCCAGACCGACCGCCCGACUAA